UAAAUGAGAAAGUUAGUUCAAAGCUCAAACCCAGCCCAGCCAGCCCAUCAGAUUACCGAAUUAUUCUUUGAACUUUCCCCACCCUCAUCUCUCUCUCGGUCUCUCCCAAAACAACACCGCGAUUCAGCGACACCCGCCCGCCGUCCGCCACUGCACCGUUCCGCUUACUUGCCAUACCAAGUAAGGGUUUUUAUAAUACAGAAAAUUAAUAACAUGGGGGAAGACGAUGAUUACGUUGAGUAUAUUCCGGUUGCGAAACGCCGAGCUAUGGAAGCUCAAAAAAUUCUACAACGAAAGGGCAAGGCUUCCGCACUUGAGGAUGAAGCUGAAAAAUCCAAUGUUGCUGAAGUGAAACCUAGUUUGCUUAUAAAAGCAACUCAGCUUAAAAAGGACCAACCUGAGGUCAGUCAAAUGGAACAAAUUGUACAACAAGAGAAAGACAUGAUUGAGCAUUUAUCAGAUAAGAAAACGCUUAUGUCAGUUCGGGAGUUGGCUAAAGGGAUUACUUAUACGGAACCCUUGAUGACAGGGUGGAAACCGCCUUUGCAUAUUCGAAGGAUGCCUCAAAAAGAUAGGGAUUUUAUUCGAAAGCAAUGGCAUAUUAUUGUUGAUGGGGAGGAGAUUCCUCCCCCUAUAAAGAAUUUUAAGGAUAUGAAGUUUCCAGAUCCAGUAUUAAAGAAGUUAAAGGAAAAGGGAAUUGUGCAGCCGACUCCAAUUCAAGUCCAAGGUCUGCCUGUUAUUUUAUCUGGAAGAGAUAUGAUUGGGAUUGCCUUUACAGGGUCAGGGAAAACGCUUGUUUUUGUGCUUCCGUUGAUUAUGAUUGCAUUACAGGAGGAGUUGAUGAUGCCAAUUCUUCCAGGAGAAGGUCCUUUUGGGUUGAUUGUCUGUCCUUCCCGGGAGCUUGCUAGGCAGACGUAUGAAGUGGUGGAGCAAUUUUUGGUACCUAUGAGGGAAAAUGGGUAUCCGGAACUCAGGCCAUUGCUUUGUAUUGGUGGUGUAGAUAUGAGGUCUCAGUUGGAUGUUGUGAAGAAAGGGGUUCAUAUUGUUGUUGCUACACCUGGGAGGUUGAAGGAUAUGCUCGCCAAGAAGAAGAUGACUUUAGACAAUUGCAGGUAUUUGACAUUGGAUGAAGCAGAUAGAUUAGUGGAUUUAGGAUUUGAAGAUGACAUCAGGGAAGUGUUUGACCAUUUUAAGGCUCAAAGGCAAACCCUUUUGUUUUCCGCCACCAUGCCUACCAAAAUUCAGAACUUUGCCAGAAGUGCUUUAGUCAAGCCAGUUACUGUUAAUGUUGGCAGAGCAGGAGCUGCAAAUCUUGAUGUGAUUCAGGAGGUCGAGUAUGUGAAGCAAGAGGCCAAGAUUGUCUACCUCCUUGAAUGCCUACAGAAGACCCCUCCACCUGUUCUAAUAUUUUGUGAGAAUAAGGCUGAUGUGGAUGACAUUCAUGAAUAUCUCCUCCUGAAAGGAGUUGAAGCUGUGGCGGUUCAUGGAGGCAAGGACCAAGAAGAGAGAGAGUAUGCCAUUUCAUCCUUUAAAGCUGGCAAGAAGGAUGUCUUAGUUGCAACCGAUGUUGCAUCAAAAGGUUUGGAUUUUCCGGAUAUUCAACAUGUGAUCAAUUAUGAUAUGCCUGCGGAAAUUGAAAACUAUGUCCACAGAAUAGGACGAACAGGAAGAUGUGGUAAAACAGGAAUUGCAACCACAUUUAUAAACAAGAAUCAAAGUGAGACAACCCUGCUUGAUUUGAAACACCUACUGCAAGAAGCCAAACAGAGGAUUCCACCUGUCUUAGCCGAGCUCAGUGAUCCGAUGGAAGAUGUUGAUGCAAUCACCAAUGCAAGUGGCGUAAAGGGUUGUGCUUAUUGUGGUGGAUUGGGGCAUCGUAUCCGGGAUUGCCCCAAGUUAGAGCAUCAGAAAAGCAUGGCUAUUGCAAAUUCCAGAAGAGAUUAUUUUGGUUCUGGUGGAUACAGAGGAGAAAUUUGAGUUAUGCUUAUAUGUAUUCUGAAUUUGUUUUGGAUUGUAUCAAAUAUAGAAUCUGGGGACGGGC